UCUCUCUCUCUCUCUCAAAACAAAGAUGUUAAUGUUCGUCUUCUUCUCCAUCUUCUUCUUCUUUUUCUUCCUCAGACUCCUCCACCAGAAAUUACGAUACUGCAACUGCGAAAUCUGCCAUGCAUAUCUCACGUCGAGCUGGAGAAACGAAUUCGACAACCUCUGCGACUGGUACUCUCAUCUUCUCAGACGAUCUCCGACAUCGACGAUCAAAGUCCACGUCCUCAACAACGUCGUCACCGCAAAUCCCGCCAACGUCGAGCACGUUCUCAAGACACGUUUCGACAACUACCCUAAAGGCAAGCAGUUCUCCGACAUUCUCGGAGACCUCCUGGGCCGCGGGAUCUUCAACUCCGACGGUGACGCGUGGCGUUUCCAGAGGAAACUCUCCAGCAUCGAACUCGGCAGCGUCUCGGUCAGGGCCUUCGCUCACGACAUCGUCAGGGACGAGAUCGAGACGAGGCUUGUCCCUCUCCUGCAACACUUCGAUGACGAUCGUGGUGAUGAUCUUGAUCUCGAUCUUCAAGAUGUUUUCCGGAGAUUCUCGUUCGAUACGAUCAGCAAAUUGUCUUUCGGGUUGGACCCGGUUUGUCUCCGGUUACCGUUAACCACCUCGGAAUUCGCGGUUGCGUUCGACAUCGCGUCCACGUUGUCAGCGCAACGCGCGUUGUCUCCGUCUCCGAUCUUUUGGAAGAUCAAACGGUUCUUGAACAUUGGUUCGGAGAAGAAGCUGAAGCAAUCGAUUGAUGUGAUAAACCGGUUAGCCGGAGAAUUGAUAAACCAACGGCGAAAAACCGGUUUAGGUAUGGACAACAAUGACUUGAUCUCGAGAUUCAUGGCGGUUGUCGGAGAUGACGACGAAUAUCUACGAGAUAUCGUCGUUAGUUUCCUUUUAGCCGGUCGGGACACAGUUGCUUCCGGUUUAACCGGGGUUUUUUGGCUGUUAAACCGGCACCCUGAGGUGAAGAACCGGAUCCUGGAGGAACUGGACCGGGUAAUGGGUCCCGGUUUAGACCCGGUCACGGCGACUUUUGAUCAAAUGCGAGAAAUGAAUUAUUUGCAUGCAACGCUUUACGAGAGCAUGAGACUGCUUCCACCGGUUCAAUUUGACUCGAAAUUCGCCCUAAACGACGACGUUUUAGCUGACGGUACGUUUGUGGAGAUCGGGACGAGGGUGACGUACCAUCCAUACGCGAUGGCUCGGAUGGGUCGGGUUUGGGGACCUGACUGCGAGGAAUUCAGACCCGAGAGGUGGUUGGACAAAACCGGCAAUUUUAGACCGGAAAAUCCAGUUAAAUACCCGGUUUUCCAAGCCGGGGCUAGGAUUUGUAUCGGAAAAGACUUGGCGAUCAUGGAGAUGAAAUCUGUGGCCGCAGCCAUUAUCCGAAGAUUCGAAAUACGGGUCGUGGUUACCGACCCGAUUUCUCGGACUCCGAAGUUCGCACCCGGGCUCACGGCCACCAUGAGUGGUGGUUUGCCUGUUAGGGUCAGGCAAAGGAGAGGUUAAAGCACUUAAACUGUAUUAAUUAUAUUUCCAUAUUUAGAUCAAUGCAGACGUAAAUAGUUUGACCAACAAUUAAUGUUAGCAUGUUGGAUACUCUUGUUGUUAACAUUAUCAUCAAUGUAAAAACAAGCCACGUGGGCAUUUCUGUAAUCUCGCUUCGGCCGGAGGGGUGAUUAGGCUUGGCUUGAUUAAUUUUAAUAAUCGUGUCGUGUGAUCCCCGA